AUGACAGCCCACCCAGUCUACCCGGUCGACAAGAACUGGGAGUUCAAGCAGGCCGACAAGCACGACUCGUCCUUUCUCCCUGUCGCUCAGUUCCCGACCAUGGUCCACCUCGACCUGCUUGCCCACAGGCUCAUCUCAGACCCGUACAUCGGCAAGAACGAGCUCGACUGCCAGUGGGUCGGUGAGAAGGCAUGGGUGUACCGCACAAAGUUCGCAACGCCGAAGCUCAAGCAUGGUAGUGGUGGCAGCAGUGGCGCUACCAGGGCUGUCCUUGCGUUCGACGGUCUCGAUACCUUUGCGACGGUCGUGCUCAACGGGCACACGAUCUUGGAGACCGACAACAUGUUCAUACCCGAGAGGGUGGAUGUGACGAAGCACCUCCAGGAGGAGGGCGAGGACAAUGAGCUCGCCAUCACCUUCGAGAGCGCGUACUUGCGCGGUUGGAAGCUUGUGGAGCAGCAUCCGGAUCAUGUAUGGGGUUGCUGGAACGGUGACAACUCGCGGCUGGCUGUGCGCAAGUCGCAGUACCACUGGGGCUGGGACUGGGGUCCGACUCUGCUGACUUGCGGUCCCUGGAGACCUAUCAACCUCGAGGUCUUUGAGUCGCGAAUCUCCGAUCUGUGGUGUGAUAUCGACGUUGCCGCCACCCUCAAGGAGGCGACCAUCACAGCACACGCAUCCGUGGAGGGCGAUGGAUCUUCAACAAAGUUUGAGGUCAGCCUUGGUGAGGAUGUGGUUGCGACGCAAGAAGUCGAUGCGGGAUCUAGUGCAACGUUCAAACUCUCUAACCCACAGCUGUGGUAUCCCGUGCGAUAUGGAAAGCAGCCGCUGUAUACGGUCACGGCCACUCUCAUAUCUGAUGGUCACGAGAUCGAUACGGUUAGCAAGAAAUUUGGUCUUCGAAGAGCCCGACUCGUGCAACGACCUUUGAAGGAGCAGCCAGGCAUGUCCUUCUUCUUCGAGGUCAACAACAUCCCGAUCUUCUGCGGAGGAAGCGACUGGAUUCCCGCCGACAACUUCAUCCCUCGGAUUGACAAAAAGCGCUACUACGACUGGGUCAAGCUUGUUGCGGAUGGCAACCAGUUCAUGAUCCGUGUAUGGGGAGGUGGUAUAUUCGAAGAACAAGCAUUCUAUGACGCUUGCGACGAGCUCGGUGUUCUCGUGUGGCAGGAUUUCAUGUUUGGGUGUGGAAACUACCCGGCAUGGCCCGAACUGCUGGACUCGAUCAAGCGCGAAGCAGAGGAGAACGUCAAGCUGCUCAGACACCACCCUUCAAUUGUCAUCUAUGCUGGAAACAACGAGGACUACCAGUUUGCGGAGAGCGUCGACCUCACGUGGGACCAGAAAAACCACGACGCAGAGAGCUGGCUGAAGACCAAUUUCCCGGCCAGAUACAUCUACGAGAAGAUCCUUCCAGACGUCUGCAAAGACUUGGUGCCCGGCACGUACUACCACCCCGGAAGCCCUUGGGGUGGUGUCGACACCAGAGAUCCGACGGUUGGAGACAUACAUCAAUGGAAUGUGUGGCACGGAACACAGGAGAAGUACCAGAACUUCGACAAGCUUGGAGGGCGGUUUGUGUCUGAGUUCGGAAUGGAGGCGUUCCCGUCUGUCAAGACGAUCGACGCUUUCCUGCCUCGGGGCAAAGAUGACCCAGACCGAUAUCCUCAGUCGAGCACAAUCGACUUCCACAACAAAGCCGAAGGCCAUGAGCGCCGCAUCGCUUUAUAUCUGGUCGAGAACAUGCGCUAUGCCCCUGAUCCGCUCGAACAGUUCGUUUACUCCACACAGCUGAUGCAGGCCGAGUGUUUGGCAUCGGCGUACCGUCUGUGGAAGCGGCAGUGGAAAGGUCCCGGCCGGGAGUACUGCGCAGGCGCGUUGGUAUGGCAGAUCAACGACUGCUGGCCUGUGACAAGCUGGGCCAUCGUGGACUACUACCUGCGUCCGAAGCACGCCUACUUCACAGUGAAGCGCGAGAUGGCGCCGCUGUCUGUGGGCAUGACGCGUCGUGAACACCGCCACGAGAAUCCCCAGAACAAAUACUCCCGCGUGGACGUAAAAGUCACGCACGAGAUCGAGAUCUGGGGCAGCAACCUCAUGCUCGAGGACCUCACGGUCGACUGCGUUGUGCGCGGCUGGGACGUCGAGACGGGCGAGAAGACGCACGAGAAGACCGUGGCCGAGGGUCUGACACUUCCGCAAAACCAGUCUACCGAGAUCACCGCCUUUGCCGUGCCCGCCAAGAACAAGGGAGACGAGGCACGCACAGUCGUGGCGACGUACCUGAUCAAGAAUGGCAAGCAGGUUGCCCGCUACGUCAACUGGCCAGAGCCGCUCAAGUACCUGCACCUGCAAAAGCCCAAGGACCUCAAAGUCGUGCUGAGCGAGGACGGAAAUGCGGUCGAAAUCAGCGCCGAGGUACCUGUCAAGGGCGUCGCGGUCGAGUGCGAGGAUGACGUGGUCAAGUUUGCGGACAACCUGGUUGAUAUUGUUCCCGGCGAGGUGGUCAGGAUUGGUGUCAGUGGUGCGAGCAAGGACACCAAGUUUGAUGUGCGGUAUCUCGGUAUGAUCUGA